UUCACAGAAAAAAAAGUUGGAGUUAUUUAAAAAAAUUAAUUAAUUCUCUCUGUUCCGGAUAAACUACAACGUUAUUAUAUAUUUUGUUAUAAUUUUGUGACUUAUAGUAAAGUAAUAAUCGAAUUAGAAUGAUGUAAAAAGUUAAAUUAUUGAUAAAAAAUCGAUUAUCAAAAAAUCGAAUUAAAAAUUUACCCCUAUUUAAAUUGAUAUUUACAAAAUAAACACAAUGGAUGGAAGUCCUGAAUGCAGGAUAUGUCGGACAGAAGCAUCAGCAGACCGUCCUUUAUUUUUCCCAUGCAUAUGUACUGGAAGUAUCAAGUAUAUUCAUCAAGAAUGUCUCCUUCAGUGGAUGAGAUAUAGUCGAAAAGAGAUAUGCGAACUUUGCGGACAUCGGUUUAGUUUUACACCAAUUUAUUCACCUGAUAUGCCAAAAGUCUUACCAUUGAGAGUCGUUGCUGGUGGCUUAUUGAGUUCUGUCGCUACUGCUGUUAAAUAUUGGUUACACUACACUUUAGUAGCAGUCGCUUGGCUGGGUAUUGUUCCAUUAACUGCUUAUCGCACAUAUCGGUUCUUCUUCUCUGGGUCUUUAGACAUGUUAGUGUCACUUCCUUUCGAUAUGUUCUCAACUGAAAAUCUAGCAGCUGAUGUGUUUCGUGGAUGUUUUGUUGUGACUUGUACAUUAUUUGCUUUCAUUGGACUAGUAUGGCUGAGAGAACAAAUUCUUCAUGGGGGUGGACCAGAUUGGCUUGAAAGAGAUGAAGGAAAUGUCGUGAACGAUGAGAUUCCAAGGCCAGCACCACCACCACAAGCAGACAACCUUCAAGAGCCACUUGACGAUGAAAAUGGCAAUAAUAAUGAAGAGAUAUUCAAUAAUAACAACAACAAUAAUGUCCUUGAUGCUAAUAUUCAUGGAUUUCAAGCUAUUGAUGAGAAUGAGCCAUUUAUUGGUCCUCAAUUGCCCCCACAGCCACCUCCUGAUCCUCCAAAUCCACAAAUUUAUGAAAUUCCACAACACAAUCCAAUUAAUAAUGCAGAACCGCCUAUACCUGACAAUGACGAAGACCAUAAUGAGCCGGCUGAUAAUAUUAAUAAUAAUGACGAUGUAAAUGAAGGAAUUUGGAAUCCAAUGGAAUUUAAUAAUGCAGAACUAGAAUUAACAUGGGAAAGAUUGCUUGGAUUAGAUGGAUCUAUGGUGUUCCUUGAACAUGUCUUUUGGGUCGUUAGCUUGGAUACGCUCUUUAUAUUUAUUUUCGCCUUCCUACCCUACACAAUUGGAAACUUUGCAAUAUCAUUUUUGGGAAUUAAACAGCUACACUUUCAUGGCUUAGUGACUACAUUAUGUGGAUAUUGUCUUGUGGGAGUUGCUCUAGUUAAUCUACACGCUAUCGCAAAAAUAUUAAAGCUACGCAGACCGAGGAGAAUACUUGGAUUAUGUUAUAUUGUGGUGAAAGUAUCAUUGUUAUCAGUUGUAGAAAUUGGUGUAUUGCCUUUAAUUUGUGGAUGGUGGCUUGAUAUAUGCAGUUUACCAAUGUUUGAUGCUACACUUAAGGAUCGUAAGGCGAGCUUUAAAGGUGCACCAGGAACAUCUAUUUUCAUUCACUGGAUGUUUGGAAUGGUCUAUGUAUAUUAUUUUGCAUCUUUUAUUGUACUACUUAGGGAAGUCUUGCGUCCUGGUGUCUUAUGGUUCUUACGGAAUUUAAAUGAUCCUGAUUUUUCGCCGAUUCAGGAAAUGAUUCAUUUAUCGAUUCUUCGACACAUACGACGUUUGAUUGCAUCAGCAAUUAUUUUCGGCUCAGCUGUUUUGCUGAUGUUAUGGCUUCCAAUAAAAAUAUUGAAAGUUGUAUAUCCAACCUUCCUCCCAUACACAUUGUCCGGUGAUUCCGAAGUGAAUGAAUUAAGUCUUCAACUCCUUUUGUUACAAAUCAUUCUUCCUGGAUUUUUUGAGCAAUCACAAACGAGAAUAUGGCUGAAAGGAUUAAUACGAAUUUGGUGUAAUAUUGUCUCAUGGAUAUUGGGAAUUAAAAGUUAUUUAUUAGGCAGUGAGCCACGACCUGUCGAGCAAGAAGAAAGACCAGCAGCUGAUCAAGGACUUGGCGGUGGUGGAUUAGGUGCUGCACAUCAAGCAUUAUUACAACGAGACGUUCCAGUUGGCUUUCAACCAUACGACAAACCAUCAUUAUUUGCUAUUCGCUUAAUUGGAUUAUUAAUAUUUAUGUGCAUAAGUUUAGUAAUUGGAUCAUUAUUGACUUUAACGGUUCCCGUUUGGAUUGGACGACAUGCAAUGGCACUUUGGUCAAUGAGUACGGGAAUCGCAGCUGGGAAAGUUGUGAAUAUAGAAACAGGAAAUGCUGGAAUUAUUGGCGAUUCAGGACAAAUCACACCAACGACAGUUUCAACAUCAAAGCCACACGAAUUAUACACUGCAGCUAUUGGAAUCUACUUGUGUUGGCUUUUAUCAAAAGGAAUAGCAUUAGCCGUUAAUUUAUUCCCACAAGGACGUGCAGCAAUUGUGGAUAAAUUCAAGCAUUGGUGUUCUGUCGCAUUUUCUUAUGGACUAGCUGCAACAAUCUUUGUAUUGAUGCUCGGAGUCGUUCCACUUAUGUUUGGACUUUUAUUGGAACUUGUUGUUGUUGUGCCAUUAAGAGUUCCUCUAAAUCAGACACCAGUUUUAUUUUUAUGGCAAGAUUGGGCACUCGGUGUGCUUUAUACAAAAAUAGCAUGCGCUCUUAUAUUCAUGGGUCCCGAUUUCAGACUUAAGCGAGCAAUUGAACAAGCUUAUCGGGAUGGACUGAGAGAAAUGGAUUUAAAAUUCAUUAUACGAGAACUAGCGAUUCCAAUAAUUUCAACAUUUGGUCUUGCACUCUCAAUUCCAUAUGUCAUAGCUCAUUCAAUAUUGCCAAUUUUCUUCACAAAUCAAAUGACACGUGUCUUAAUCGCCCGACGAAUCUAUCCAUUUUUCCUAAUAGUCAUUAUCGUCUGUGCUAUUAUAGUUUUCCAAAUUAAGCAGUUCAAGAAACUUUAUAUUGCCAUUAAAAAUGAUAAAUAUUUGGUUGGCAAGCGACUAGUAAAUUACGAUCAUCAGAGACAAAAAUUAUUAAAUCAACAGCAACAACAACAACAACAACAGCAGCAGCAGCAACAACAGGAAGCAGCGAGAGCAGAACUGUGAGAAUCACGAUAAAUUUAAACUUUCAAAAAAAAAUCUAUUGAUAUUCAUUUUCUUCUAAUUUACCUCUACAAUGCAAUGUAAUCGAGAUAAAGUUUCUAUUGAAAUUCAGUCUCUUGUUCAUGCUUGUCAACGAAAAAAUGCAAAGAAUGGAUUUUAAAGAAAUUUAGUAAUGUUUGAUAAGUGGACCCAAAUAAUCAUUUUUAUGUGUAUUUAACGAUUUUUUUUCAAAAAAGUUUAAAUGUAAAAAUUAUCAAAAUGAAGAGUGUAAUUGAGGAUUAAAAUUGAAGGACUAAAUAUUGGCCGAGAAGCUACUAAUUUUCUUGUAAUUUUGCAUUUGUAGGGUUUUUGAAUAUUUGGAAACCUUAUAAAAUUUUUGGAAUUGUAUGGUUUUGAUAGAAAAAAAUUGAUUUUCAAAACCUCACAAAUGUUUUUUAAGGUUUCUGAACCUUCCAAAUGCUUUUUAAAUGAAAACCAUACAACAGUUUAAUUUCUGUUGGAGACUACAAAUGUUUCACAAAGCCAUCCAAAUGUUUUUAAAUGAAACCUUGCAAAUGUUUUUAAAUUAAAACCCUACAAAAGUUUCCAAAUGCUGCAUUUGUGUUUCAAAACAAUACAAAUGUUAUUCAAAAGACAUAAAUUUGAAUCAAAAUUUUCUCCAACUGUCAUUUUCAAUUUUAAUCCUUAAUGAUGAUAAUAAAAUAAAUUAAAUUAUUACCUACAAUAAUGAUUAAAUUAUUAUCACUUUUAAAACAAAAUUUUUAAAAAUAAAGAAGUGGUAGAUUUUUUGAGAUCAUAAUUCACCAAAAUUUCAUGCUUAGAAAGAAUUUUUCCUCUUGAAAUUUAUUAAAAAUAAAAAAAAAACAUUGUGAAUAUUUGAAACAAAGUGAAAAUAAAUGUUGAAUUUUAUCAAAUGAAAUGUGUUAUUUUGUUUGUGUGUUGUUGUUUUUUUUUGCAAAUGACAAGCUUGCGGAUUAUGAUUAUUUUGUAAAUUUUCUCACAUGUGAUUAAAUAUUGACGUACUCAGUCGGCUCGAGUAAGCACAAUUAAGUUAUGAACGCUCUUGAAUUAUUUUUUAUGAGAUGCAAAAAAAUAUGUAAAAAUUAAAAACUUUGUUUCACAACUGUAAAAAAAAUUGAAAAAAUAAUAAUAAUGACUGAAUAAACUAUUAAACUAUAAAAAUUUACUUUAUUUUGUGCAAUUUUAGUCUUAAUUUUAAAUCUUAAAAAAUUUGUGUACGUAAAAUUUAAAGGAGGCACUUGGCACUAAUACUAAGCUUUUACAUCACUAGUUCCUAUGGAAAUUAUCUUCUCAACAUACAUUGAGUCAAUCAAUAAAACUUAAAACUACGCUGACUGAGGAUUAUUAUUGGCCAUAUCUAAAUCUAAAUUCUUAGGAGUCUCCAACGAAAGUCGAUGUCUUAAAACAUACAAUAAAGCAAUUGGAAUCAUCAUAAAGAUUGUAAUCCAUCCGAAAGUCCAUCCAGUUCCAAAUGAAGUAUAUGAUCCAACAACAAUUAAUGGUCCAACAAUGCGUGACAUCGAACCUGAUGCUAACAUUAUUC